GCUUUUCCGGGUGUCGCCUAGCAAUCGCGCAGUUAGCUGCAUGUUAGGCCAAGUGUGAUACUCAUUUUAUUAUCGGAUAAUGGCAGCAUUUUUAAAAUAAUUUUAGAUAAAAUUGAUGGGGUCUAAUCAUGAUCUUAUGUGUAUUAUUACAGUGUUGGAAUAUCCGUCAGGAAGUCUGUUUUAAAUAUCUUUGCUCUGCCGGUCAGGCAAGUCUCAUUGUUUUGUUAGCUCGAUGCUAAGCUAGUUAGCGUUCAUCGAAUGUUUACUUUAACUGCUAUUUUAGGCUGUUAGCCCACAUUAAGAGACCUAACUCGUUGCACACUUUAGAGUCAUUACGUUACAUUAAAAUUGCGUUUAGGUUUCAAUAAAGCAGUAAGUUGGGGCAUAGACUAAAUUGGUGUGUUAAUGUGGUUUGUGUUGGGAUUUAAAUACAACGUCGCUUAACGUUACAUGGGAGCGUUUUAACCACAAUGGAGAAGUAUGCUAAUGUGAAGUAUCAAGUGACAAGAAGCAAGUUUGAUUGAAAGUUUCCUGGCAGAUAAGGCGACAGAUCCAGCUUCAACCCAGUGUUUUCUGCUGUCUCCUUGUUGAAUGGUUUCACAGAAGCUCAAUGCGCCUUCUCCAGACUGCCAGCUGGUAUGAAGUAGAUGGGAGAAUCCAAGAACAUGGUGCUGAAUGGCAGGAGACAUGGCAGCAAGUUCUCCAGUAAUCAGCCCGUAAGCAAGUCCAGGCUGCAAAACACACAGAGAGCUCAUCUUCGUCAAAGCAAGGGCUCCCCGAGUGCUAGAAGAUGCAGUCGACGUUGUGGUGGGGCGCCCCCGGAGGCAGAAAGGCGCCAUGUCCCCUCAUCGGGAAUGACUGCCAAGGAGCUGUGUGAAUAUGAUGAUCUGAGCACCAGUUUGAUCCUGGAUCCUUACCUUGGCUUCCAGACACACAAGAUGAACACCAGGUUUCGACCAAUUAAAGGUCGCCAAGGGGAGCUGAGGGAAGUGAUCAAGCUUUUUAAGAAGCAUGACAACCUGGAAAAAGCUUUUCAGGCUUUGACUGCUGGCGACUGGACGAGACAUCACUUCCUCAACAAGACUAAGUCCCAAGAAAAGCUCUUCAAAGCGCAUGUGUUUGUUUACCUACGCAUGUUUGCUUCGGACAGCGGCUUUGAGAUCCUUUCUUGUAAUCGCUACUCUUCUGAGCAAAACGGAGCCAAAAUAGUAGCAACAAAAGAUUGGAAGAGGAAUGAUAAAAUUGAACAUCUUGUGGGCUGCAUUGCUGAGCUGUCUCCCAGUGAAGAGAGGAUGUUGCUUCGACAUGGAGAGAAUGAUUUCAGUGUCAUGUACUCGACACGCAAAAACUGCGCGCAACUCUGGCUUGGACCUGCGGCUUUUAUUAACCAUGAUUGCCGACCAAAUUGCAAGUUUGUGUCAACAGGUCGAGACACCGCCUGUGUGAAGGUUUUGCGCGACAUUGAACCGGGGGAAGAGAUCUCCUGUUACUAUGGAGAUGGAUUCUUUGGAGAAAACAAUGAAUUCUGUGAAUGCUAUACUUGUGAAAGACGUGGAACUGGAGCUUUCAAGUCGAAAGCAGGGUUGCCCGUGGAGACUCCAGUGAUCAAUAGCAAGUACGGCCUCAGAGAGACAGACAAGCGUCUGAACAGACUGAAGAAGCUGGGAGAAAGUUGCAGGAACUCCGACAGCCAGUCUGUCAGCUCCAAUGCAGAGGCAGACUCUCAGGAACCAACCACUGUACAAACAUCAUUACGUAAGAGGACUUCACAGUCCUGUGGCAGAAAGCACGGCGAAGCUAAAGCUAUAACGAGGCAAACUCUGUCAAGCCCUUCUUCUUCUACCUCAUCCUCUAAACGAAGUCAAACAAAUAUUUCGAGUUUACCAAAGAGACUUAAUUCAAAGCCCACACACCCUUUGCCUAAAGGAAGACAACGGUGUCGAGGCGUAUGGACGAAAUCUUCUAGCCGAGUGAGUGCUAGUGGUGAUCUCAAGGAGCCCUCCAGACAAGAUGCAGACAGACGCAGCUCCGGAGGCAAAGGCAGUGUAGCGCGCCAAUCAGAAAACAAUCAGAGCUCUUCGAAGGGUGCUUCCCCAAGCAAGGACAGCAUACUUUGCCCUUACAGAACUCGUAGGUCCACGAGGACCUCUCUCGGUGCUCAGGGGGCUGACGGCACGCAGGCAUUAAGUCAGCCGUCUAGCCCAGGUGUAGUCCUCAAGUCAGAGCCUGGAGAGCUCUUUCCCGUGACACCAGGGCACCAGAUGAACACCCCUAGUUUGGAGACCAGCUGUCCAAGGAAAGGGACGUGUCCCAGACGCAGGAGGACAAUAAAACAGGAAGAGUCCGCCUCCUAUGGUGAGUCCUUCCUCCAGGAGGGCGUGCCCGACCUGCGCCACGCGGUUCGGGCUGCAGAUGUAGCAGACUGUGGGAAGGUGGUGCUCGGCCUGCCGGACUGCCACCAGCACUACAACGGCUCGGCUAAAAGCAGCAAGUCCCUGCGCCGAGGCAAGGGCAAGAAGAAGCGGCAGAUCACGCGCUACGACGCUCAGCUGAUUCUGCAGAACAACUCAGGCAUUCCCAAGAUAACACUACGCCGGCGUCGAGACAGCAGCAGCAGUAAGAACGAGACCAGAGAGGCCAGCUCCUCCAGCUCUUCCAAAAUCAGCAUCAAGUUCAGCAAAGAGCACGAGAAUGACCGGAGCAGCUCGUACGUGGCCAAACUGAACAAUGGCUUCAGCCACGGCUCCCACAGCAGCUCCACCAAGCUCAAGAUCCAGCUGAAGCGGGAGGAAGACAGCGCGGGGUUGCAUCGCUCUUACCCGGAGGAUGUCACCUUAGAAGAGGGGGAUGUACUGGAUCACAAUGCGGGCGCUCAGGUUGGUCAGAGCAUGGAAGUGGAAUCCCUGUCCUCUGAGGACGAAGAAGAGGACUACUUUGAUAACGAGGAUGAUUUCAUCCCGCUCCCACCAGCAAAACGCCUGCGGCUCAUCGUGGGCAAAGAUUCCAUAGACAUUGACAUUUCUUCCAGACGACGAGAAGAUCAGUCCCUCAGACUCAAUGCAUAAGCUGUGUAAAUAUCCAUUGUUCCAAUCAUGUUCAUUUUGAACACAUGUAAUUUAAAUAGAAAAUGCAAAUGUAUAAUUAAAUCAUGGCAAAGUAUCUUUCUUUA